AUGGGUGGGGUUGUGGGGAGUGUGGUUGGAGUUUGGGUUGACUCAAAAUCCAUCCAAAAUCCAGCCAGGUCUGCUCAAUUCCACCCAAAAUCUGGUCAGGUGUGGGUAAAUCUGCUCAGAUUUAUCCAAAAUCCACUCAAAGUCUGGUCAGGGGUGCUUAAAUCCACCCAAAAUUUAUCCAAAAUCCACCCAAAAUUGGGUCAGGUGUGGUCAAAUCUACCAAAAUCCACCCAAAAUCUGCUCAAAAUCUUGUCAGGUGUGGUUAAAUCCACCCAAAAUUUAUCCAAAAAUCACCCAAAAUCUGGUCAGGUGUGGGUAAAUCUGCCCAGAUCCACCCAAAAUCCACCCAAAAUCUGGUCAGGUGUGCUUAAAUCCACCCAAAAUUUAUCCAAAAUCCACCCAAAAUUGGGUCUGGUGUGGGUAAAUCUGCUCAGAUUUAUCCAAAAUCUACUCAAAGUCUGGUCAGGUGUGCUUAAAUCCACCCAAAAUUUAUCCAAAAUCCACCCAAAAUCUGGUCAGGUGUGCUUAAAUCCACCCAAAAUUUAUCCAAAAUCCACCCAAAAUUGGGUCAGGUGUGGUCAAAUCUACCAAAAUCCACCCAAAAUUGGGUCAGGUGUGGGUAAAACUGCUCAGAUUUAUCCAAAAUCCACUGAAAAUCCAGCCAGGUCUGCUCAAUUCCACCCAAAAUUUGGGGAGGUGUGGGUAAAACUGCUCAGAUUUAUCCAAAAUCCACUCAAAGUCUGGUCAGGUGUGAUUAAAUCCACCCAAAAUUUAUCCAAAAUCCACCCAAAAUUUUAUCAGGUCUGCUCAAAUCCACCCAAAAUUUAUCCAAAAUUCACCCAGGGCUUCCCAAAUCCACCCAAAAUUUAUCCAAAAUCUGGUCAGGUCUCAAAAUUCAGCCAGUUCUUCCCAAAUUUAUCCAAAAUCCACCCAAAAUUUGGUCAGGUUUGCUCAAAUUUACCCAAAUUUAUCCAAAAUCCACCCAGGGCUUCCCAAAUCCACCCAAAAUUUAUCCAAAAUCUGAAUUGA